UUUCUUUUCUCGCUGUAACUUUCGCUCUUACUGGCUUAACUCUUUUCUCUCUCUCUAACUGGCCUUUUUUCUCUCUCUCUAACUGGCCUUUAUCAAUUACUUGGACUCCAUUUCCUCUAUCUCCCUGUUUGUUCUCAAUUGGGGUCCAUUUUUUUUGAUCGAGUUUCGUUUAGGGUUUUCUGGUCCUAAACUUUUGGCCAUUGAUGAUUUUACAUAAGCUAUUUAAUCUCAGGGCCUUGAAAUGGUGUUGUGGACUCUAAACUUCAAACCCUGUUGUUAGGGCUUAUACAUUUUUUCUGGUAUUUUCUGUCCUCUGUUAUCUCUAGGAUUUUUCUGGUUGUAUGGUGAGCGCCAUGGAUGCUUUGAGGAAGCUCUUUAAAGGAGGCUUGGGCAUGGAGUUGAAGACCUUGGCUACUGCUUUGAAAACCACAAGAACUAUGAUUUUUGCCUAUGGUUUCAUGUUUGCCUUCAUCUCUUGCACUGCGUUAAUUGCCUUUAAUUCUUCAGGGAACGCUUCUCUCUGGCUAUCAAACAUCUUUUGGAGUAGAUCGGGGACUGAUUCUUCUUCUUCUUCACUCUCUUCUUCUUCUUCUUCUUCUCAGUUAUCUUCCUUCUUCUCCUACAUUUUUCCUCAGAAUCAGGCCCCAACAUCUGCAAAAUUAGAUGACAGUCUGGGGAUGGGAAGUUCAGGUAAUGUUUUUGCUGGAAAAAGCGAUGUUUCGCCAUCUCCGGCGCCUAUUCCGGCCAGAUUUCACCAAGAUCCCGGCAUUGUCAUCGAAAAAAGUGAAGGCGCUCCCUCUUCGAGUUUAAAAACCGUCAGAAAUGGCAGUGAUGAUGGAAGGACAAGAAGCCAUGAAGCCGAAAACGGGAAAGUUUCGGCCGAAAAGGAGAAGGUUUCAGUAGAGGAAGAGAAAACUAAGGCCAAGCAUGAGAAAGUUCCAGCCCAAAAAGGGAAAGUUUCGACUGAGAAAGGGAAAGUUUCAGGUGAGAAAGGAGAGAAAGUUUCGUCUGAGAAAGGGAAAGUUUCGACUGAGAAAGGGAAAGUUUCAGGUGAGAAAGGAGAGAAAGUAUCGUCUGAGAAAGGGAAAGUUUCGAACGAGAAGGAAAAAGUUUCGGCCAAGAAAGGGAAAGAUUUGGCCGGAAAAGGAGAGGGUUUGGCCGGAAGAAAUGGAGGCAAUUCCUCUGCAACUUCAAAUCCGGCCGUGAAAGCUACAGUACUUGCUAACAAGACCCUAAAUCAACCGGGAAAAGUCGGGGAAUUCUCAGGCAAUGAGACGCUGAUUUCUAAGACUGAAGGGAAAGACGCAACCAAUAGUUCAACUGUACAUAAGGGGAAAGGUGGGGCUUCAAACUUCACAUCUGUUCUUGUUAAAAAAGAUGGUGGGAAAAACGGUGUUGCAGCUAAUGAUGGUCGGAAAAAUAGUUCUCCGGCUAGUGAUGGCCGGAAAAAGCUUGAUGAUUUGAGAGACUGUGAUUUGUUUGAUGGAAAAUGGGUGAAGGAUGAUUCUUAUCCCCUUUAUCCUGCUGGUUCAUGCCCUCACAUUGAUGAGUCAUUCAACUGCUUUUUGAACCAGAGGCCUGAUAAUGCUUAUGAGAAGCUAAGAUGGCAACCCAAAAAAUGCAGUAUCCCUAGAUUAAAUGGGACUGAUUUUCUUCGAAGACUGAGAGGAAAGCGUCUGGUUUUUGUUGGGGAUUCGCUGAACAGAAACAUGUGGGAGUCUCUGGUCUGUACCCUUCGCCACACCAUUGCUGAUAAAUCUAGGGUUUAUGAAGCUUCCGGUAGGCGAGAGUUCAGAACUGAAGGUUUCUAUGCUUUUAGGUUCAUUGAUUAUAACUGCUCUGUAGAAUUUGUUCGAUCUCCAUUCCUGGUUCAAGAAUGGGAGAUCCCUGAACCCAAUGGGACUAUGAAAGAAACCCUAAGGCUUGAUAUCAUCGAGAAUUCAGCUUCGAAAUACAAGAAUGCAGAUAUCAUAGUCUUCAACACCGGCCACUGGUGGACUCAUGAGAAGACUUCAAGAGGGAAGGACUACUAUCAGGAAGGCAAUCACGUAUAUGGAGAAUUGAACGUUGUUGAUGCGUACAGGAAAGCACUGAAGACAUGGGCCAAAUGGGUUGAUAUCAAUGUGAACCCCAAAAAGACCCAGGUCUUCUUCAGGGGCUACUCUGCUUCCCAUUUCAGUGGUGGGCAAUGGAACUCAGGGGGCCAGUGCCACAAAGAAACAGAACCCAUCUACAAGGAGAAAUACUUGACAAUGUACCCACCAAAAAUGCGUGUUUUGGAAUCAGUGAUGAGAGAGAUGAAGACCCCUGUUUUCUAUCUCAACAUUACCAGGAUGACUGAUUAUAGAAAAGAUGCGCACCCCUCUGUGUAUAGAAAGAAAAAUCUCACUCCAGAAGAGAGGACUUCACCUGAGAGAUUUCAAGAUUGUAGCCAUUGGUGCCUUCCUGGUGUGCCUGAUAUAUGGAAUGAGCUACUUUAUGCUGCCAUCUUGAAGAGAGAGGUAAAUUGAUGAAUAAAGCACAGGUAGAUUCCAUUGUGUAUAUACACAAGUUAAAUAUUCAUCACAAAUUUGUGCACAACUAGCUAAAAAAUGGGAGUGGAAAAGGUUUAAGAGUUCAGAGGAAAUGGUUUUUGGAGAGGUGGAUGGCCACUGAGAUCUUUGGAGAAAGCUGUUGGAAAGUGAUAGUGAUGUGGGUGGGUGGGAGAUUUUAAGAGAGACAGAUUAAAUUAUGAUUGUGGGGGUAUGAGCUCCAAUAUUUAAGUGUUUUUUUUCCAAAGCCUGAAGAGGCUUGCAUAUAAUAAUGUCCACCCUUGUGUGUAAUUUUGUAAUUUACAGGGGAUUUGUUGAAGAGAUCUAGAGAGAUUCGAGGCAGUUUUGUUGGAAUGUUUGUUUUUCUUAUUGUUAUAAGAAAUAGAGAAAACAAGAAGAUCUAUUUCAAGUAAAU